AUAGCUUUAUUGACAGGUCUGGACUAUAUACAGAAAGAAGAUCCUGAUAUUUUAAAGCUCAGAAUCGAGAUAAUGAUGAAAGAGAAUUGUGAGGAGUUUGCCCUGAAUCUCUGUAACUGGUCACUCAAACACCCUGCUCUGUUGAAUGAUCUAAAGAUCAAAGAACACCAAAUUUUCAUACUUUAUAAACAGCAGGAGUAUGGCAAGAUGCAGGAAGUGUGUGAGACGAUCAUAUGCCAUGAUGGUAUCAAAGUUAUGUCCCAUUUAGCAAAGACGCCCACUAACCAGGAGCUUUGUAUACGCUUAGCACAGGUGUUUCUCAUACAGGACUGGGUAAAACCAGAGCGGACAUGUUGUACACAGGAGCUGCUAAAGCUGUGGAUACACCAUCAAUAUUUGGCAGAUAAAGAUGAGGAGCGUUUUCUAGAUAGUAUUUGGACAGUUGCCAAGGUGUGCCGGGAUACAGAGCAAAUUGGAGUGCUUAUUGAUGGUGUUAAAAAAGAGUGUGGAGAUAUGUUCAUCCAGUUAUAUUCAGAGCUGUGCAAGUUUGCUAUCAACAUUGAUAAGGGAAACAUGGAAAGAGAAGAGGUGCAGAAAAAUCCUGAGGAGUACAACACAAGACGCCUAGCAAUGUCAAAAAACCUGUGUCACGCAUGGCGUUCAUGCUGA